AUGACGUCGAACCGAGCAGCUUGGGGACUUCCCCUGCAGCCAGCGAAACUAGUAUUGAAUCAAAUUUAUGCUGGUGAUGAAAGAUGGAUUAAUUUCGAGAUUAAUGAAAUAGCGACUGCUUGUGAACAAGAAGAAUCGGCUAAAAUACAUUUUACAAAAGGUUUAUUUAUCAUAAGGCGCAUAUUAAAAACCCCUCAUGUACGUAAAGCAUUAAUCAUAGGAUGUAUGCUCCAAAUGCUUCAACAACUUGCAGCCAUUAAUACUGUAAUGUACUAUACGGGUUCGAUUAUCGAAUCUGCUGGAACAACGGAUAAGCAAAAAAUUAUAUGGAUAGCAAGCGCCAUUUCAGGUGAUACAUUUUGGAUUUUGGAUUUUUCUACAAAUUUUUACAAAUUUUUAUGCAAGCUACGAUGCAGCACAUGCAUAAAAGGUCUCAAUGCACAUUAA